UGUUGUUGUCUGCCAGUGCCAGUGUAGUGAUCGAUGCAGUCCCUGUUGACUCGGUCUUGAAGUCUCAUUUACUGCCAGACUUGUGUCUUGACCUCUUAUAAUUUUGCCUGUAUUCAUUUUAAUCCAAUCCCUGUGUUGACUCCGCUUUACAUUGUGCUGGUUAGUCGAGUCGAGUCGCUUAGAGACGCGGAAAGUACCAUUUUACUUCGUCCGAGCCUGAGUUGUGAUUUUGAGUUAAAAUGGACGUAGAUGAAGAGAUGCCUCCCUUGCCUCCAGAAGUGAAAAUCAACAUGAAACUAGAUGAUAUCAUAAAAUAUGAAAAAAUGAAGGCUGGCGUUAGCCAUAAUCUCCAGUUUAAGUUCGGAGGGGGCCGGAAGUUUCGCGGUGAGAGCCGAAAGUUUCGUGGAGAGGGCCGAAAGUUUCGUCCGUAUUUCAAACCGAGAUACCGCUCUCAAAACUGGCGAUUGGGAUGCAAUGGGCCCAAUACUCCUAGAUUCAGACGCUACCAGUCUGGGUACCAGCGUAUGGGUAGACUUCGUGCUUUUCUUGAGAGAAAGUGGAAAACCACUCCGAUGAACAGUGUAUUCCAACGCUUGGGACGGAACCCUCUGUUAGAGAGUGCUAAGGCCAAAGUCUGGAAUGCAAGAAAUUAUUAUAGACCAAUCCGUCCUCAUUUCUCUUUUCUAAAGAGAUUUAACCUGAAACAUGAUAGACAUGACCCUAAUAGGGCCAAAAAAUUAAGCCAAUCCUAUCAGUACUACUCUUCAAAAAUGGGUGAUGGGUUAGGAGACAUGAUUAAUAAUUGUAAUGAAUCAACUUUGGACGAAGUUAAAAUUGAGAAGCUUAGUGAAGCCAUAGGGGGGCAGGUAACACGUGUAGAAAGAGAGGAGCUGGAGGCUGGGAUAGUUGUAACGACUAUCACAAGUCAAGUCCCCACUGCCAAUGACACUAUGAACAACUCGUUCAAUGAUAGGACCAUGAUCAACCCAUAUUAUGAUGGCAGUGUUGCGAACUCAAAUUACAGUUUUGCCAAUCGGGUUUGGAAUAGGCCGGCAAUGCCGUUCUUCGCAACUAAUCCAAUGAACCGCUUGAAUGGUUAUGGCAGUGUCAUGAGUGACAAUGGCAGUGUCAUGAGUGACAAUACGUACAACAUGCAACCUGAAUCUUAUGCCAGUUCGAUGAGUAAUGGUUCUAACUUGAAUCCAAAUGCCUUUAAUCAAAAUGUUUUUAAUCAAAAUGCCUUUAAUCAAAAUGGCAUGAAUCAUAAUGCCAUGAAUCAUAAUGCCAUGAAUCACAAUGCCAUAAAUCAUGAUGGCUUGAAUCGUAAUGGCUUGAACUUUGGCGUCCAUGGCAGCAAUGGCCUAUCCAGGACCGUCAACUUGAGUGGAGAACAAAGACGGCAGGCAAUUCAAAACCUCAAUGUACCAAGGGAGUCAAACCAACCCAGGGAAGCAAUUGGUAAUUUUGGUAGAGGAAUUAACGAAAAUGUGUAUGUUCAAUCCACCAAUCAGCCGAUCAACAGCCGGUUUGGAGGCAGCUCUUCUAUUUCAGUAAUAAGUUCACAGUCAUCGUAAUGACAUUUGCGUGAAAUACUCAUUAUUUUUAUUUUUAUAACUUUUCAUCAUCAUCAUAUAGUUUCUUUUUAUAUAUCUAGUCUUAAGUACAAGAACUUCCUUUUUUUACCUUGAAAGCAAGGUAUUGCAACUAUUAUUAAUCAAGAUGAACCAAUAAAUUCUAUCAUAAAUUUC